GCUACCAUCCAAUCCAAUCCACUCCCCCUCCUCUCCUCGCUCCUGUCCUGUGAAGGAAGUCACGGGGCACUAGAGGCCAGGCCACUGCGGUUACCAGCGCCGAGCGAGGCCGGCGGCAGCAAUGGCGUCGCCAAUAAUGCUCUCACCGUUCCUCCAUCAGCUUGUCCUCCUCCUCGUCGCCGCGUCGGGAACGGUGGUGGCCGCGCGCCACCACCACUCCUCCCCGGCGGAGUCGAGGACCGGGCAGAGCAUGUACCUGGCGCCGAGCUGCCGUGCGCACACGGCGUCGCUGGCCGACUUCGGCGGCGUGGGCGACGGGACGACGUCGAACACGGCGGCGUUCCGGUCGGCGGUGGACCACCUGUCGCAGUACUCUGGCGAGGGCGGCGGCGGCGCGAUGCUGUACGUUCCGGCGGGGAAGUGGCUGACGGGGCCCUUCAACCUGACGAGCCACUUCACGCUCUUCCUGCACAGCGACGCCGUCAUCCUGGGAUCCCAGAACAUCAGCGAGUGGCCGGUGAUUGCCCCCCUGCCUUCGUACGGGAGAGGGAGGGACAAGAUUGGGGGGCGGUACGCGAGCCUCAUCGGCGGAUCCAACCUCACCGACGUCGUCAUCACCGGGAACAACGGGACGAUCGAUGGGCAGGGCGCGAUGUGGUGGUCCAAGUUCCACCAGAACAAGCUCAAGUACACCCGUGGUUACCUGGUGGAGCUGAUGUGGUCCGACACCAUCUUCAUCUCGAACGUGACGCUGGUGAACUCGCCGGCGUGGAACAUCCACCCGGUGUACAGCAGCAACAUCGUGGUGCAGGGCGUGACGAUCCUUGCCCCGACGCGUUCCCCCAACACGGACGGCAUCAACCCGGACUCGUGCUCCCACGUCCGCAUCGAGGACUGCUACGUCGUCUCCGGCGACGACUGCGUGGCCAUCAAGAGCGGGUGGGACGAGUACGGCAUCGCCUACGGCAUGCCCAGCGAGCACAUCGUGGUGCGCCGGCUCACCUGCGUGUCCCCGACGAGCGCCGUCAUCGCGCUCGGCAGCGAGAUGUCCGGAGGGAUACGGGACGUGCGCGCCGAGGACAUCACGGCGAUCAACUCCGAGUCCGGCGUGCGCAUCAAGACCGCCGUCGGCCGAGGGAACUACGUGAGGGACGUGUUCGUGCGGGGGAUGAAGCUGGACGGCAUGAAGUACGUGUUCUGGAUGACGGGCAACUACAAGUCCCACCCGGACGACGGCUUCGACCCCAACGCGAUCCCCGUGGUGGAGAACAUCAGCUACCAGGACGUGGUGGCGACGGGGGUGUACAAGUCGGCGGCGAGGCUCGAGGGCAUCGACGGCGCGCCGUUCCGGGGAAUCUGCCUCGCCAACGUCACGGCGGAGUUUGACAAGUCGAGGAAGUAUCCCUGGACGUGCACCGACGUGGAGGGCGUGUCGUCGGCGGACGUGAGCCCGGCGCCGUGCGAGGCGCUGCAGGGGAAGCACGACGGCGCCUGCCCGUUCCCGACGGACACGCUGCCCAUCGACCAGGUCACCGUGCAGCAGUGCGCCUACGACGUCCCCAACCCCAAAGGGGGAAACUAAAACUAGCUGCUGUGCUUCACAAGGUAGCAGAAGCAGAGACUACUGCAAACAAUAAGGAGGAUGGAUGGCCAUGGCGUGCUUAAUUACCAGUUUGGAUGUGAGUCUGUGUCAGUUUUCUUACUUGGAUCGCACCAACUAUGCAAGCUGUUGGAUGCAGUCAUCAGCAGAGCUUGCAUGUCUGAUGAAUUCAGAAUGUUGUGAAACCUGACGAAUCCAAUCUGCCUAUGCAUAACACAUAAACAUGA